UUUCUUGACACUUCGCAAAAUCGCUUUUUGUGUAUGAGAAUUAUUCGCGUUUUCAACGAAAUAUUUUGUUGACGAACGUUUUAAACAAGAAUACUUAAUCCUUAAAAGUGUUUUUGAAUACAACGUCGUUUCCGGAUGAGCUUGUAGCUUUAUUCUAAACGUUUUUGACCAGUCAAAGUUCAACACCUACCCUGCUUACGUGUUGGCUUAAAACAUUAAAAAUAUCGCGAAUUCUUAAUAAAAUAGUGUCUCAAACGAUGCCAGCGUGAGUGAUACUGCUCAUAAAGCUUGUUAACUUUCGAUUAUGAAUAAGAAACCGGGUAGAACGGGCCCGAGAAUCAGGAUAACGCGUCCUGUGUGCAAAGCAAAAAAAGUCGAUAAUAUUUCAACUACGCCCGUUGCAAUCGUUGAUGAGCGCAAGUACAUCUACCACUGCCAGUAUUGCCGCCUCAAGUUCACCCAGAACAGCCACUUCUUCCGCCACAUGACGUCCAACCACGAGCUUCAGCAGAAGCAAGCUGUAUACCAAUGUAACAAUUGUCAGAUGGUGUUCAACAAGAAGAAUGAGUUGGAUUUGCACUGCCAGACGCAGCAUCAAGAGAAAAGCAAGCUCAAGUGCGAGUGUUGUGCGAUAACGUUCAAGUCGGUGUACUGUUUACGUCGCCACAAACUCAUGAAGCAGAGCCUCCAAGACAACGCUUGUCUGAAGUGUCAGAAGAAGUUCACGAAUGAGAACUGGUUAGAAAAACAUGUGCGGAACAAACACAAGAUCAAGUACCGGUCAUAUCAGUGUGACUUCUGCGCUCUUAAGUAUAAAUACAAGGAGUCGUUGUUGAUCCAUUUGAAAAGGAUCCAUAAACGGUUAUGAUUUUAUUAGAUUAUCAUUAAUUUAACCCCAAUUCAGUUCUUAAUGGCUUUUGUGUCAUCACAAUUCUGCCAGUAUCACUUAUUGAAUAAAAUACAAAAUAGGGCAGGACAUAGACAAACUAUAUUUCUAUUUACGGCAGUGCAUAGAACUUUUGUUUUUUUUUUUUCAUUGUUGCAAUAGUAUUAUUUACUAGCUUCAAGCGCCUUUUUGAAAAGUCACAUUCUGAUGUGGUUUCCUUCAACAAAACCUCGAUUCCUCUCAAUUAAAUUCCAGGUAGGUACUUGGAUUAAAUAGUUUACUUGCUAGUCGUACCUAUACGCUACUCGACAACCUAGUCAAAAGAGACACUUUACGAAACGUCAAAACGAAAGUUUUCUUUGGAGUUUGUAUGGAAAUACUAAGUGACGUUAUCAAUAAAAGCGGUCAUAUAUUGUCAUACUCAUAGUUACUUAAUUCAUAAAUUCUGGCAGACACACUUUUUUUUUUCCCUCUAAUUUGCGAUCGGUUUUCCAAUCGUAAGCAGUUUUUUGCUAAAUAGUAUUGGCGUCUAAGGCAUGCUCGCCCAUUGUUGGGAUGCGUGCAUGUAUAUUUUUUUUAAUUCAUAAAUAAAAUUCGAAAAUAAAUCAAAAAGGAAACUGCGAUUUAUUUUUGAAUAUUUUUUUGCUUCUAUUCCUAGAUUAGGAUUUUAUAAUUUAUCUUUGAUCCAGUCAAAUACUACGUAUAUUGGGAGGUUUUGUUAACAAAAACACAUCAGAAUUGGAUUUUUCAAAAAGGUGUUUAGGUUGUCACUAUAUUUAAAAACUGAAUUAUAUAUAUUGAAGUUUCACAGCAAAACCUUUUGUAACAUAUUUUUGACAACAUUUUGUAAAGAUCAAAGUAUACAGGGUGUUAGUGACAUCGUAACGAAUGCCGAGGGGUAUUAUUUGGCUCAUGAUUCUGAGUUUAUAUAAAAUGGACUUCUCCAUCGCAAAAUUUACGUUUUUUUUUUCAAAUUAUUUUCAGUUACAAUAUCACUUUCACUCUGUAUGUCUGUACUUAAUCUAUUACUUUUCUUCUCUUGUUUUCUUUUUUGUAUAAUAUUUUUCUUUUUUAUAUAUUUUCUUUAGUUCAAUUUAUUUUUUUAUAUUACAAAAAGCUGAAUUGCUAGUGUUAACUUUUAAGUUGCAUAAUUUAUUUUUAACUUAACCUAAUAUUUAAUGUAGUUAAUAAAACAUGCCACAGAGCUAUACAAAAAUAGUUUUGUGAUAUUGUAGUAUCUCAUUUUAUUUUUAUCCGAAUAUGGCAAAAGGAGGGUUGUGAUCUUAGCAGGCAAUGUUGUCCGUAGCAGUAACAAAGCCCAGACAUAAAAUCUCACUCUUACAUGAAUCUUGCGUCGUGCGAGACAGGUAGAGAGCGCGCGCUUCCUUACUUUUUAAUAGAUUAAACUAGGGAAGACAAAAGGUAGGAAUGCAUAAAAUUUAUGGAACACACGUCAAUUUUAGGCAGGAAUUUUAAAAUCUCUUUUAUAUAUUGUCCAAUAACCCGGCAGAAUUAAGUUGACAGCAUACGUCAAACGGGUUGUAUACCAGCGAGCUGCCUAUUUGGCAAAGUUUUUGCCUCCUUCGGAGUGAGGUAACAUAACAUAAACAGCCUAUAUACGUCCCACUGCUGGGCACAGGCCUCCCCUCAAUCAACCGGAGGGGGUAAACCAAGGUUGUAUUAAUGCAGGGGGGGGGUUGAGUGUCUCGUCUGUAUUAUAGUUUAUUCUAUGCCAGUAGCACGCUACAGACAUAUCUCGCGAUAAAUAAGCUCAUAUAAUGAGAACUAUCCAGGCUACGUUCUUAAAAAAAAAAUAGAUGGCACUGUACGGUCACGAGCAUUAAUAUGUAUACACUUUGGUACCAUGUCACAUUAACUUUUUAGACAAAUUGAACUGUAAGUCUCACUAAAUGUCAAAUAUGUUAGUGCGACAGAGUCCUAAAGUGGGUACAUUAUAUUGCUUAUGACUGUACGGGGUGUAAGUGACAUCGUAACGAAUACUGAGAGGGAUGAUUCAGCUCAUUAUUCUGAGUUAAUAUCAACUAGAAAAUACCGUCGGAAAUUAAAAAAAAUAUAUAAUUUUGUGACAGAAAAUUUCACUUGAUAUUAACUCAGAAUAAUGAGCUGAAUCAUCCCCCUCGGUGUGUUCGGUAUAGUGUCACUAAUUCCUCCAUAGGCUGUUUACAUACCCUACGCAGAGUUUAUGAAACUACGAUAAAAAAAAUUGCAACUGCAACAAAAUGGCGCAUAAAAACUUAAACUAAUUUUAGUUUGACAGCUUUAAACUAGUGCCGUCCUUCACUUACAAUAGGCGUAAGAAAAAGACGGAGCUAGUCUGUCCUGUCAAAUUAAGUUGACGGUAUCCCAAAUUGGAACCUGUGGUGCUGAUUCCUGUACACACCAUCUAAUUUUAUUUUAACUUAUACCUGUCAUUUUCUUAUCCGCCGAAAAGGAAAGGGGUAAUUAACAAGCAUAAAAUUUAUGGAACACACGUCAAUUUUAGGCAGGAAUUUUAAAAUCUCCAAAUUUAUAUAUUGGCCAAUAACCCUGCAGAAUCAAGUUGAUAGCAUACGUCAAACGAGUUGCCUAUUAAAUUCGUCGGGGUUAUUCAUUUUAAAAUUUACUGUUGUCAAUCAUCCGUCCCUUUCCUUUUGGCGGAUAAGAAAAUGUCGGGUAUAACUUAAAAUAAAAUUAGGUGUCUGCAGGAAUCGGAACCUGUAUAUUGAUAAGUAUUAACUUAUUUUGUAACUCCUUAUUUACGUAAUUAUUUUUUAAGAUUAUUUUUUGUAAUAAAAGUCGAUUCUUUCUCAAGUUCUUUUUUUGAUAUUAUGGUUGGGUAGUUCUUCGAACACAAGAAGUCAACAUCAUUAUCAUAAACGCAAAAAUAUCCUAGAAACUUAUAGGAAAGCAUAAAAGUCAAGGACUUCGGUUAGAGAGUAUAUAGAUAACAUCCGUCCCUUUCCUUUUCGGUGGAUAAGAAAAUGACAGGUAUAACUUAAAAUAAAAUUAGGAUAUAUCAUGUGUUGCAAAUAUCCAGUUAAAAUAUGUCAUCAACAGUGAGUUUGCAAGUGGAUAUUUGCAAAAAGACCAAUAUUUUAUCAAACAGUGAAGAAAAUAAUUUUUUCAUAACUAGUUAUGAAAAUUUGGUUACGAACGUGGACGAAGGGAUAUUUUUUUCCGGUUUUCGAAGAUCUACCCGGUUGCAUAAAAUAACAUUCUGUUACCCAAACACCAAUAGUAAGUAAUAAAACUAUUUUAGUAUAUUUUCUCAACAGAUUAUACUAAAACCAAUAAAAAGAGCGUCCAUUGAA